AAAACGACACGCCGCGCGACGACAGCGAGAGUCGCGCAACGGCCACGCGCCGCGAUAACGCACGCACGCAGAACCGAACACCUGACAAAGGACGACGGCGGUGGCGUCGUUGGCGGUGCGGUGGGGCGUCGGUGAAGAGGGAGAGCCGCGUCGUCGCCGACCUUGCCGUCGUUUUGUACUCCCUAUUAGGUCGUCGCCGCCGGUUAUCAACGCCGUUAUUUUAACGAACGACGUUAACAAAUAUUAUAUCGUCGUCGUCGUUGUCCACCGCCGCGGCCCACGUGCCCACGACUUGGCCACCCGACCGCCUCUUUUGCGCGUCCGCGGCGACGAGUCAGUGUUCGAACCGCACUCGACGGUGCAGCAAGUUGUACACGCGAUAUCGUUAUCCAUCACUAUAUAAUAUACAGCUGUGGCGAUUGGCGCGCACACGUGUUGCCGGCGGCGGGUGCGGUAACAACGACGGUAACAAUAAUAAUAUAACACAGUUAUCACCGUCGUCACGUUUCGCGCGGACUUUGAAUAGGCGAUUCGGCCUGCCGCCGCCGUCAAGUCUUCCUGUGCGACCUCACCGUUUUUGGCGCGAUCAUACCGCGCCGACUCCGAAGAAUACGAAAAUCGGCGACAGCUGCAUUUGCAACGAUUCACACAUCUUUUGUUGUACAAACACCUGUGCAAAACGGUAGUAGCGAGGACGACGAAACGCGCGACAACUGCAGGCAAAGUAGAUCACCGUGAUCAUGGCGUCGUCGCCUUUGCGGGCUCCGGCGGCGGCUGGUCAACCGCAAUCGAGAUUGAUGGACAUGCAAAAAAAGUUCCAGGAGAAGCAUUUGGCCACUUUGGCAGCCAUCAAAGGCAACGUCGCCGGGUCAACAACGUCGUCAACUACUUCUUCGACCAAAACCACCGGAAGCGGUGAUUUGCCGGUGCCACCUGUUCGGCGAAUCGUCGGCGCCGUUCCCGCUGUGCAACCGCAGCAACGCAGGCCGGCUGGAUCCGGAAGCGGUAGCGAUUCUGUCGUACAGGUCGACGUAAAGGGAAAGGUACGGCAGCUGUUUGCCGAGCGGAGUCAACAGGCGCAGGGGCCGGGCUACCAGCACCACCAGCAACUUCGGCGGCAGCGGCGGCGGAGCCUGACGGGCCGCGACCGGUCUCGGCCGCUGAGACCGCUGUCCGGCGCGGAAGACGCGGACGACCCGCUCUGCAAGACCGUCUGCUUUACCGCCCCGUCGAUGGCGGGCGGCGCCGGCCUGGUGGGCAUCAACGGCGCGGAGGGCGGCGACGUGCGCGGCGAACUUCUCGCGCUGUUCGGCCGGUUGCCCAACCUGGGCGGACAGCUGCUGUCGGAAUCGUUCCGCGGCGGAGCCGGAAAAAUGAAAACCGCCCAGUCGGCGCCCGAGCUCAAGUGGUUGCUCGACGGCGGCACCGGUACCGGCAGGGCGGGCGGCGGGCCGGGGCCGGCGCCGGCACCUCAGCCGCCCGGGGCUGCUGGACCCGCCAAGGGCGGUGGAGUAAAGAGACUGGCGGCACCGGCGGCGGCUACAGGUGGUGACCACGGCGAUUACGGCGACGGCGACGGCGGCGACAACGACGACGACGGCGACUUCGACGACCAACAGAGCCAACAGCAACAGUUGCAGCGGCCGGCAGGGCGAAUAAACAGCAAAACAGCGACGGUCGUGAAGAAACCAUUGGCCACGGUCAACGGUAACGUCGGCGGAGGCGGUGGUGGCGGUGGCGCCGGAGUCGGUGGCGUGGGCCGUGUUGCUAAAAAGCCGGUGGCCGCGUCCAACGACUCCAACAGGUUGCUAUUGCCGCCCGUCGUGCAGCCGACAGUGAUAAACGCGCUGGCGGCGGGUGCCGGUGCGGCCGCGGCGUUGGCUAGCGUUAGUGCGGCCACAGCGGCCGGAGCUCAGAAACCGUUGGUCAGGGCGGCGAAACUGCCUCAAAAGCCGGCCGCUCCACGACGCGUGGCGCCACUGCCGGCCAAGACCUCCCCCCGACCACCGGUCGUCAAGCGUACUACGCCCGCCGCGGUGUCGCCCCGACCGCAACCCGUGAAGCAGCAACUGUCCGCGGACAGAGGCCCGCCCGCCAAAGGCAUGGCCCGUUGCCCACUGUGCGCCAGGGACUUUGCGACCGACCGGCUGCCCAAGCACGAGCAGGUGUGCCGGCGCACGCGUGACCGGGACCGCAAGCGCAAGGUGUUCGACACGAGCAAAAAGCGGUUGGAAGCCGUGGCCGCCGAAGCCGGUGUGGACGUUUCGUCGUUCAAGAAAAAGAGCCAAAAGGAGGACCAGCGAGUCGCUGAGAAACUCCAGAAGAAGAAGGAUGCGUGGCGCCGAAAGCACGACCAACUUGUGCGCAACGUGCGGGCCGCGCGGGCUGUGCAGCGGCACCUGGCCGCGGGCGGCACGGUGAAGGACUUGCCGCCGGAGCUGGAGAACGCGGCGGCGGACCAGGACGACGAGGUUGACUCGGACUUGGUAAAGUGCCCGCACUGCGGACGGACGUUCAACGAGGCUUCCGCCGAGAGGCACAUACCUUUGUGUGCUGACCGGCAACGGAACGCGGCCGCUCGGAUGCAGAACAAGAAACGGUGAAUUUCACCGUUUUCACCGUCGCCGCCACCACAACAACAUCCAUUUAACAACACUAUUAAUGACAAGAAUGGCAGUGAUGAACUCAAUCGCUGUAGUGCUGUACCUAUUAUCGCCACUGUGAUCAUUUAUGUCCAACUUGAAUCUACCUAUAUAGUCUGUAGACUCAAUAGCAUUGAGUCAAUAUAUUAAUGCGUAUCAUAUUUUAUUAUUAUACAGUUUACAGUCUUAAAAGUAAAAGUCGAAUUUAUUAUACGUUAAAGUGUUAAACGUACAAACAGUUAGUACAAAAUGUUUCCACAUUUUUCAAUCAGUCGAUGUACAAUGACUGUAAGUUAAAAUAAUAUUAUUAUGCAGAUUCCAAUAAUUGUAUCGUGAACUAUGAAGAUUAUAAUGACAUCAUAUUAAAAUGUAUAAUGUUAUCUCAAUGGUAAACCGCCUUCUUCAUAGAACAUGACGUAUAUUGUAUUAUAUUGCCUACCAUAGUAGUAUUUAUGUACUAGGUAUUUACUUUUUUUUUUUAUUAUUAUUUUAUGAUUAAUGUUAUUUCUAAUUUUAUUGAUCCAUCGUAACUGUAAUUGAUGUAUUUUUGAGGUUGUUUUAGCCAUUUAUCGAUUAAUCAAUUAAUUUAUAAUAAAAUAUAUUAUUUUUUAAAUAA